UCGUACACUGCUUUUCUCUAGGAAAUGCUGCGCGACCGUUUGAAAUAAAAUUUUGAAACCAACUAAUAAGAAUUAGCGUUUCGGCGUUACAAAAUGUAAACAAGUGAAAUUCUUAUUUAUGGAGCAUGUUAUUAAUUAUUUUUAAAAUUAUUUGCUUGGUUGGAUCAACAAUUUCAAUACCUGUUGGAAAAUUAAACAUAAGUAAAACUAAUAUCCUUCAUUCUGAGUUGUUACCUCCUGAUCAUAUUCGUGGUGCGCAUUUAGAACAGGAUGGAGAUGUUAAUAAAGAAUUUCACCAUGAAGCAUUUCUUGGUAAACUAUUAGAUGAUGGCAAACUAGAGUGGGAAAAUUAUGGAGGUUAUAAAAAACUUAUUAAAAUUUUUCAUCAAGUUGAUAAAAAUAAAGAUCAUAAAAUUAGUCAUGAAGAAUUAAAAGAAUGGAUCCAUGAUAGAAUAACAGAGCAUUUUAAUGAAGCAAAAAGCAACAGUGAAAAAAUAUUUGAGAGAGUUGAUCUUAAUAAAGACAAAUUUGUAUCUUGGAUUGAAUAUAAGUCUCAACUAAUGGAUCUUGACUUGAAUUCUUUAAAUAAUUCUGACCAAGCAAUUGAUGAAAAAAAUGAGUUUUUGCGAGAAGCAAAAAAUUGGAAAAAUGCUGAUUAUGAUGGAAACAACAUUCUCAAUAUGAGUGAGUUUGUUGUAUUUCUCCACCCUGAACAUAAUAAAAGAGUUAUAGAAAUAAUGGCUGAUGAACUCAUAACACCUAUGGAUGUUAAUAAAGAUGGCAAAAUUUCUGUAGAAGAAUUUACACGUUUACCAGGUGGCAUUGUUGAUCCUGAAGAAGCAGAGUUAGAUAAACAGUACCAAAAGGAAAGAAAGGAAGAAUUUGAGAGAGACAUGGAUGCAGAUGGCGAUGGUUUUGUAACGAAGGAAGAAUUUUGUAUUUACUUAGAUCCUCGUCAUUUUCAACACGCUUCCAAGGAAGCUAAGUAUUUAAUAAAUAUUGCGGAUCAAGAUAAAGACGGAAAACUUUCAGAAGACGAAAUGUUACUUAAGUACCAACUUUUUACUGGUAGCAGCUUUAAUGAUUAUGUCAAAAUUUUGCAUGAUGAGUUUUAAUAAAAAAAAAAAGUUUUUUAUUUAAACUGUCAGAAAGAAGUAACAAUUUUCUAGCACUUUUAAAUGAAAAAUACAUACAGGCUCGCGUUAACAUCGAAUGAUAUAAAAGUAAUAUUGUGAUUAACGUGAUUAAGAUGUAUUCUUUAAAACUACGCUUAUAUCAUUAAUAGUUUAUACUUGAUAAUUUAUUGUUUUUAUCAUUUUUGUUUUGAAAUGUAAAUGAGGUUUUUAAUUGUUCUUGUUAAAAUUUUUACAUCAAAAUUUUUAGUAAACGAA